AUGUUUACCAUCUUUGUGUUAUUAAAGUACUAUAUAAUCUAAUAUUAACACCUAAAACGUAUAAUAAUCAGAAAAGUGUAACUAGUAUAAUUAAAAAUAUCGAACCAUGGAUCUGAACAUAAUGGACAAGUUGCGACUUUUAAAGAUAGAUACUGAAUUACGACCAGAAAUCAAAAUGAAGCCAAUGAGCCGUUAUUAUUUCAUCACAUCAACGAAUCCAGGAGAACAAUUCUUUGUAUUUGCUUCAACCGCUGCAUGGCUCAUACGAAAGACCGGAAAAGCCCUCGAACAACCAAACGAAGAAGACGAUCCCAAUUCAAUAAUCGCUAGCAUCGUCGAUAUUCUACGGGAAAAGGAUAUAACAGUUGAUUUCUCAUCACACAAAUUAAAACAAGGUUACGGUGAGCAAGUCUGCUAUAUUUUAGACGUUUUAGCAGAUGAGGUGCUUAAAAAAGAGGACUUUGAGUGGCAAAAGCCAGUUAUUAAUAUAAUCGACGCAGAAGAAACUGUAGAUGACAUUGACCAGGUGGAAGAUGAGACGGAGAUUACACUUGACAAAGUAGAAGAAGAAAUGGCGAUUUAUUCAGAAGAGUCGGAUGGAGAACUGGCUGGUGAGGAGGAAAAGGAUUCUAGUAACUUUGGAAAUAAGGUACACGAUUGGGAAGCAUGGAAAUUGGAGCUGGAGAGAGUAGCACCAGCGUUGAGACUCAAAAUAACGGCUGAUGCAAGAGAUUGGCGUGCUCGGCAUGCGCAAAUGAGAUUAUACAAAGAUGAACUAUUUGAAAGAUUUAAAACAACAUCUUCACAACUUAAGAAAGUAUAUACCAACAUUAAUUCCUCAAUGGAUAAAAUAAACGCGCGCGAGAAUAUAUUAAACGAACAAUUCGAACCAAUUAUUCGUGAAUAUGGUGCCUUAUUAGAUAAACUUAAUAAGGUAACGAAUGAGUCCAAAGAAGCGAGUGUAGGGUUGGCAGAAAAGCAGGAAAUUCUUAAUGAAUUAACAGCUAAAGUGGAAAUUAUAAAGCAAAGAACGGAAUCGCGAGGCUCGUCAAUGAAUGACAAUGCGCCUUUGAUAAAUGCGAAGAAAGCUGUGGAGACAUUGAAAAAAGACAUUCAAGAGUUAGAUUUUCAAAUUGUUGUCCUCCUAUGGAUGCUGAUAUCGAAAGAAAACCCGAAGAGCAAUAGCUACUUGACGAAUGAGUCUAAAAUGAUAUCUCAUGUGUAUUAAAAGUAGGAAUAAAAAAACAAUUAGAAUUAUAAUUUUAUUGGUAAU